AUGGCUCCAGACAGGAUGUUUCUUUCUGAAAUGGAAAAAAAGCCAACAAAAACUUUCAGGGAGUAUGCACACUGUUGGAGAGACGCGGCCACUCAAGUGGACCCUCCGGUCAACGACCGUGAGGCAAUAUCGAUGUUCGUAGGGAUGUUAAAAGAUCCCUACCGUUCACAUCUGGUAGGGUCCACACCUCAUAACUUCAUGGACAUUGUGUCGGCAGGGGCCAAAGUGGAAGCUGACAUCAAAGUUGGAUGGAUAAAGACUUGCACUACCGAUAAUGGCCCAAGUAAGAAGUGGGUCAAAGGUAAAAAGGAAGAAGAGACCCAAAUGAUACAGGGACCUAUGAGAAGCCUAAGACAGAGAAGCCAAAGUCAACAACCUAGGGGAAAUUUCUACAUAGAACCAGUAGUAAACCAAACACUGCAUAUGGGCCCCAGGCCCCAGUUUGUGGCCCCCACGCUUGUGCCAGCCCAGCCGAACAUACCAACUCGCCUGAGCCAGACACACGAGGAAUACACCCAAGAGUUUUUGGAGAUUGGAACCGAUUCCCAUGUCAUACGCAGACUUAUUCCCCCAGCUUUUAGAACAAAGGAUGAUAUCUACCAUCCCCGGGAUUCCUCUCACAAAUCCUCCCCCGCACUGCCGGUUGGUAUUCAAGAGAAUCCUUUGCCUGACCAUGGGAAGGACAAUGUUGGAAUGAUUGAAGAACAAGAUGGGGAAAAAUUUGAAAGAAGAUGGGAGCAAAUGACGUUAGACUGGGUGUAUAGUGAACUGACAACGGCAGGCCUAGCAGGACUAAAGGCUAUUUGCCCUCAAGGCGCCCUAUGCACAUGCCAAAAUACAAUGAAAAGAUCAGUACAACAAUGUGAGACUUUCCGGAUUUUUUUAAGUAGCUUGAUUGACAACAAACGAGUGGAAGUUGGCCGCAUUCAGAAAACAAAUGAAGUUUCAGUCAUAGGGGAAUCUGACCAUCCCCAAUUCACCAACAGACCAUUUAUUCUCAUCAUGGGAAAAACCCCACGAGUCCCAGAGGCCCCAGUUCGGGUAAUGAUCUCAGCCCCUCGCCCUUUCACAUACCGCAGUGACCGGGCAGUGCCAUGGAGGUACAAUUGUGAAGUACACACUGAAGGAGAAACUAGCAGUGCUGCUGAAGCAAGAGGGAUAACCAGAAGUGGAAGGGUUUAUAUGCCGGAGGUCUUGGAGAAGGUGCAACCUAGCCACGAACAGAAUAGGAACCUGAAGAAGCCAGUUCAAUCUCAGGAAGCCGAAGAAUUCUUGAAGAUAAUUAAACACAGUGAAUACAACAUCAUUGAUCAACUGAAGAAGAUGCCAGCCCAUAUCUCUGUCUUGUCGUUGUUGUUGAGCUUGGAAGCCCAUCGAGAAGCCCUAUUAAAGGCUCUUAAUCAGGCUCCCCAAGACAUCAGCAUUGAUAAUUUUAACCACGUGAUUGGUGGUCUUACAGCUACCAACUGCAUUACAUUCACUGAUGAGAAGAUCCCCGUGGAAGGACAGGGGCACAAUCAGGCGUUGCACGUUUCCGCUAAAUGUCAAGAUCACAUGAUUGCACGAGUGUUGAUUGAUAAUGGGUCAUCUUUGAAUGUCAUGCCCAUGAUGACCCUACAAAAACUGCCUGUUGACCCGUCCUACAUAAGGCAAAACAAUUUGACUGUGCGGGCUUUCGAUGGCACCCGCAGGGAAUCGGUGGGAUCUAUUGAAAUUCCUGUGCAAAUUGGACCGGUCACCUUCGACAUUACAUUCCAAGUCAUGGCCAUAACCCCGUCUUAUAGCUGCUUAUUGGGGAGGUCGUGGAUACAUAACACCGGGGUAGUUCCGUCUUCUCUGCACCAACGGGUCAAAUUUGUAGUAGAUGAUAAAUUGGUUUGUGUAUAUGGUGAAACCGAUGUUAUGAUAACAAAGCCCACUUCCACUCCUUAUGUGGAAGUCACGGAAGAGGCAUUGGAGGACUCGUUCCGAGCCUUCGAGAUCAUAAAUGUCACAACUAUAACAGAAGGAUCUCCAAUCCCAUGCCCUCAGAUCUCCACCGCAGUGCAUAUGAUAGCGUCCGAAAUGAUUAGACAGGGGUACCAUCCGGAAAAAGGGCUCGGAAAAUACCUACAGGGAAUCCAAAAGCCGUUAAUUCUUAAGGAAGUGAAAGACAGAUAUGGCCUUGGCUACAUACCUGCGGCGGCAGACUGA